UUCGAAUUGUUCGUUCACCUUUAACUCUUUAAAACUGGCUGAUCUGAAUUGUAAGUGACACGUAAUCCAUGGAGAUCUGAUGUGCAGGAGGUGUCCAACAUGCGGCCCGCGGGACAUACAAGUUGACGCUCUCUUCUCAGGUAAAUUAGACUUUAACCCCGUGGACCUGAAAGAGAGCGACUCUGGGGCCACGUUGAGUUUCCAGAACCCCCUCUAUAGAGCGCUGAACAGAACCGCCCGGUCGGGUUUGCCCAGCUUUAGAUUCACCGCCACCUUCAAUGGUAGAAACUUCAGCCGCUCGUGCGACGCCACAGAGGACGUCUGCAGGCUGCUGCUGCUGCCCGGGUCGUCCUCAGGAGACACGUGCGUGUCGAAGCUUACAGGGGAGCUGGUCAGUGAGAACGCCGUCGGCCGGGUUCUCUUCAGAGAGGUGGGACCCGUCUGUGCCCGUGGCUCUACUGAGCUGGACGUCCUGGCGCUGUCUCUGAUGCUGCUCCUCUUCUUCGUCGUCACCUCUGUGGUGACCGUCCUCAUCUGCAGAGCGAAAGCCUGGACCAUGAAGGGGGACCCGGCAAAGACUCCCAUCUCACUGGUGCUGAGCCCCCACGAGGGGGACAUGAGGUACGUCCUCGUUCCCCGCGAGGACGUCAGCCCCGUCACAGUGACGGAGAACCACAUCUGCGAAAACCCCUCUGUCGGCUCUGAGGAGGACCUCCAGCUGGGCGCCUGCACUAAUUACCUCCCCCUGGUGGGGGGGCUCACGGGGGACGACUCGGAGGACGACUCGGAGGACGACUCGGAGGACGACUCUGAGGACGACUCUGAGGAAACGGAGAGCGCUUCGAUGGACUUGGCGCACUACGACCGCAGGCAGACGCUGGAGGUGGACAUGGGCGAUGGAGACGUUGCCACGGGUUACGGCAACCGGGGACAAUGAUUUAUGAGAGUUCUCGAGGGGGGCGUUUUGGGCUCGGGAGGCACCGGACCCCCCCCCUGAGGAUGCCUUUUGGUUUGUUUGGUCAACGGUUUUUGGGAUCAAAUCUGCAGUCUGUGUGAAGUCUGAGGAGAUUUUCAAGUAGCUCAGAAGCGUCGCUGCUUUUUUGUAAAACACAGUUGAACCAAAGACUUUUUCCUGCAUGGAUUUAAUCAGGCAGCUUAAGGGGAGACCGUCGUAAUAUUUGUGUCACUGUGCCAAAAUAAAUUUAAGGUUUUAGAAAUACUGUUUUACAAAUUUCGCAGGGACGAUUUCUUCGGUAGAAAGUAGUUCCAUCCCACAGAUGCUCUCUAUGGCACUGCGCUUUUUUUUGCAAGCGGCCUGUUUUUUAUAUGUCAAAACUGUAAAUAAAUGCACUAAUUGCUGUACUG